UUUUCCCUCUAAAUUCAAUCUCUUUUCGCUGAAAAACAGGGUUUUCUCCUCGGCAGCUUCUUACUUGAUUCUCUCUCUCUCUCUCUUUCUCUCUCUCCCUCUCUCUCUCUAUAUAUAUAUAUAUUUAUAUUUAUAUAACGGGCAAGAUACAUAUGCAUACGAUGUCGGACAACAUGAACUUGUCCGUGAAUGGUCGGUCCCAAGUCCCUCCCGGAUUCCGUUUCCAUCCGACGGAGGAGGAGCUUCUUCACUAUUACCUCCGAAAGAAAGUGGCUUACGAGAAAAUCGAUCUUGAUGUCAUACGAGACGUCGACCUUAACAAACUCGAGCCAUGGGAUAUUCAAGAGAAAUGCAAGAUAGGGUCCACCCCACAGAACGACUGGUACUUCUUCAGUCACAAAGACAAGAAGUACCCGACGGGGACAAGGACAAACCGGGCGACUGCUGCCGGUUUCUGGAAGGCGACAGGGCGGGAUAAGGUGAUAUACAGCAACGGAAGGAGAAUUGGAAUGCGAAAGACUUUGGUUUUCUACAGGGGAAGAGCUCCACAUGGCCAGAAAUCAGACUGGAUCAUGCAUGAAUACAGGCUUGAUGAUAACACUCAUGACUCUGCUCAUGGUCCAAGUAUUGCUGGAGACUCGACAGGGCCAGAAGAAGGCUGGGUGGUUUGCCGCGUUUUCAAGAAAAAAAACUAUCACAAAACAUCUCCAGAGCUCCCCCUGAUCACUUCAUCCAUCUCCAGAACGUCGAACCUUCCACGAAACGAUGGUGUCCUGGAUCAGAUACUCAUGUACAUGGGAAGAUCAUCAUCUUCCAGCUGCAAGCAAGAAAGCCAUGAUCAAUCCAGGAACGACGAAAACCUGCUGGAGUUUCCUAAUCCUGCAGCAGACUUUGCCCACCUUCCAGGCCUGGAAAGUCCACCACUUGAUCCAUCCUACAAGUCUCCAGGCCCUGACGAUAUGGUAACAGACAUCGGACCCUCAUCGGCUGAUUGGGUCGCACUGGACCGCCUGGUGGCUUCUCAGCUUAAUGGCCAAUGUUCCAAGCAAUUUUCCAGCUUUAACAACGAAGAUUUCUGCUUUUCCUUUGAACAUGACGAGAUGCAAUUGGUGAACAUGCAUUCUUCUCAUGAUCAUAGACCAAAUCACCAGAUCUCAAGUUCAGACGCUGAUUUUUGGAGUUUUGCCCGAUCCUCGUCGUCGUUGUCAUCGUCGUCUUCGGACCCGUUAUCUCACUUGUCUGUAUAAUACAAGUUAAAUGAUAUAUAUAUACGGUUGAUGAAUCGUAGGUUUGAAAUCAUAAUAAAUCUAGAUUCUGAAAGAAUAUACGUAUAUAUAUACAUGCAUGUUACUGUAUUGUGUAAAAUUAAUAUGGAAUUAUGAGAUAAGAUGAUAUGGAUGGCUGAUUCACCAACUAACCAUGUAUGGUAUGGUUUGACAUUAUUAAAACCAUGU